ACCAAGCUUAUUUAUACCACUCAGUCACACUCACUGGAGAUCGAUCAAGACGACGACGAGUGAUCAUCCUCAUCAUCCAUGGCGAGCAGUAGGCUGUUCCUCGCCGCCGCCCUCCUGUGCCUCGCCUCCUCCGCCCAAGCAUUCAAGAAGCCCUACAUCGUGUAUCUGGGAUCACACCCGUACGGCCCAGAUGCGUCGGCGGAGGAGCACGCCCGUGCGACGCAGUCUCACCACGACCUUCUAGGAUCAGUUCUUGGCAGUAAGCAAUUGGCCAAGGACGCGAUACUCUACUCCUACACCAAGAACAUCAACGGCUUCGCGGCGCAUCUGGAGGAGGAGGUAGCAACCCAGAUCGCGAGGCACCCUGACGUGGUGACGGUGAUGGCGAGCACGAUGCUGAAGCUGCACACGACGAGGUCAUGGGACUUCAUGGACAUGGAGAGGGACGGCCAGAUCCUCCCGGACUCCAUCUGGAAGCACGGCAGGUUCGGCCAGGACGUCAUCAUCGCCAACCUCGACAGCGGUGUGUGGCCGGAGUCCAACAGCUUCACCGACGAGGAAGUGGUCGGCGAGGUGCCCAAGCGCUGGAAGGGCUCCUGCUCUGACACCGCCAAGUACGGUGUCUCCUGCAACAAGAAGCUGAUCGGCGCCAGGUACUUCAACAAGGACAUGCUGUUGAGCAACCCGGGCGCGGUGGACGGCAACUGGUCGCGCGACACGGAGGGGCACGGCACGCACACGCUGUCCACCGCCGGCGGCCGCUUCGUGCCCAGGGCCAGCCUCUUCGGCUACGCCAACGGCACGGCCAAGGGCGGCGCGCCGCGGGCGCGCGUCGCGGCCUACAAGGUGUGCUGGUCCGGCGAGUGCGCCGCCGCCGACGUGCUGGCGGGGUUCGAGGCCGCCAUCCACGACGGCGCCGACGUCAUCUCCGUCUCCUUCGGCCAGGACGCGCCGGUCGCCACCGUCGCCUCCUUCCUCCAGGAGCCCGUCACGCUCGGCUCCCUCCACGCCGCCAUGAAUGGCGUCUCCGUCGUCUGCUCCGCCGGCAACUCCGGGCCCCUCGAGGACACCGUCGUCAACGCCGCGCCGUGGGUCACCACCGUCGCCGCCAGCACCGUCGACCGGGACUUCCCCAACGUCGUCACGCUCGGCAACAACGCGCACAUGACGGGGAUGAGCUUGGAGACGACGACCUUGCACUCUACCCAGCUCUACUCGAUGAUCAAAGCCAGCGACGCCGCGCUCGCGAGCUCUGACCCCGCCGUCGCGUCGACUUGCCCACCAGGCACGCUUGACCCGGAGAAGGUGAAGAACAAGAUCGUGGUGUGCGUGCGUGGCGGCGACAUCCCAAGGGUGACGAAGGGCAUGACCGUCCUCAACGCCGGCGGCACCGGGAUGAUCCUCGCGAACGGCGAGAUGGACGGCGACGACAUCGUCGCCGACCCGCACGUGCUCCCAGCCACCAUGAUCACCUACAGCGAGGCCAUGUCGCUGUACAAGUACAUGGACUCCUCCAAGAACCCCGUGGCGAACAUCUCGCCGUCCAAGACGGAGGUCGGCGUGAAGAACUCGCCGUCGGUGGCGGCCUUCUCGUCGCGGGGGCCAAGCGGGACGCUGCCGUGCGUGCUGAAGCCGGACAUCGCGGCGCCGGGCGUGGACAUCCUGGCGGCGUUCACCGAGUACGUCAGCCCGACGGAGGUCCCCAACGACGAGCGGCGGUCGGAGUACGCCAUCCUGUCCGGCACGUCCAUGGCGUGCCCGCACAUCUCCGGCGUGAUCGGGCUCCUCAAGGCGGCGCGCCCGGAGUGGAGCCCCGCCGCGAUGCGCUCCGCGAUCAUGACCACGGCGCGCACCCAGGACAACACCGGCGCGCCGAUGCGCGACCACGACGGGAGGGAGGCGACGGCGUUCGCGUUCGGCGCCGGCAACAUCCACCCGAACCGCGCCGUCGACCCGGGCCUCGUCUACGACCUCUCCAAGGAGGACUACUUCGUCUUCCUCUGCUCCAUGGGGUUCAACUCCAGCGACCUCGCCAAGCUGAGUGCCGGCAACUUCACCUGCCCGGAGAAGGUCCCGCCGAUGGAGGACCUCAACUACCCGUCCAUCGUGGUGCCGGCGCUGCGGCACACGUCGACGGUGGCGCGGCGGCUCAAGUGCGUCGGCCGGCCGGCGACGUACCGCGCGACGUGGCGCGCCCCGUACGGGGUCAACAUGACGGUGGAGCCGGCGGCGCUGGAGUUCGGCAAGGACGGCGAGGUGAAGGAGUUCAAGGUGACGUUCAAGUCGGAGAAGGACAAGCUCGGCAAGGGCUACGUCUUCGGGAGGCUCGUCUGGUCGGAUGGGACCCACCAUGUCAGGAGCCCCGUCGUGGUCAACGCCUUGGACUGAGGCGCCGAGAUUCGUGCGCGCGCUAUCGAUCCAAGACGGGCGCAGAUCAGGGUUUAGGUGUUCUUUUAUUAUUUAUUUUUUGAUUGAGAGGGAUAAUAUUAUAGUCCAUUAUAGAGUGAGAGGCUAGAUCUCUUGGUUGUUAAUAAGGUUGGAUAUUUUUUCGGAAUUGCUGUAAAGUUGUCGACGGUUUUUUCUCCAAAAGAUUUUCACUUUGUGGACCUUUAGAUUAUUGUUGAGAUUUGUGAUACUUGGCGUUCAA